UCUACGAUGACUACUGGAAAACCGCCAAUUUCGUUCUGCAACAGUAUAAAGGAGAAGUAGCCGGAAUACAACGAUAUUUCGAUGAGAAUAACAUCACCAAUGAGACCUACAAUGCCGACCCUUGGCAGAUCGCUACGGUCCUCAACGCUAUAGGGGAUCUCCUCGACAUUGUAGGCCUAUUCCGUCACUCAAUGUGCACCGCUCUGGUGAAGGUCGCGCCAGAUUUUACUGAUCUCCGCCUCGGCCACUCCGCUUGGUUCACUUACGCUGCUACGAACAGAAUUUACAAGCACUACCAUAUGCAUUUCGAACAGAACAAGGCCGAGGUGCACCACAGAAUCAAUUUCGUGGCGCGCGAAAUGUCUCACCAGGUCAUGAGUUUCUCUUCCUAUGCGGGCUCCCAAAUGUCACUGGAUGAUUUCUAUCUGAUGAGUUCUGGUUUGGCCAUGAUACAGACAACGCUGUGGGUCCUCGACAAAGACACCCACAUGAAAAUCAAUCCUGAGGCCCUCCUAGCGUGGCAAAGAGUAAGGAUAGCCAAUCACUUGGCAACCGAUGGAGCAUCGUGGUUCGAGUUAUACAAACCUCAUAAUAGCGGUACAUACAAUAACCAGUACAUGGUCAUUGACUUUAAUAAGUUCACACCUGGCCAACCGCUGAACGACGAUCUUCUUUGGGUUAUCGAGUCGAUCCCAGGUCUCACAGUCGGGGAGGAUCUUACCAGGGCUCUACGCUGGGGCUAUUGGGCAUCGUAUAAUUCCCCUUAUUUCCCUGAAGUCCGUCGCGCCGCUGGUUACGACGAAGCAUAUAAUAAAACGCACAACCCAUCGUUCACGUACGACCUCGCAGCUAGAGGGGAAAUCUUCCGACGAGACAGCCACUUGGCCUCGGUGACAUCAGAGGUGAUGGACUUAGCAGAGCUCAUCCGGAGUAACCGGUAUGAGAUCGAUCCUCUCUCAAAGCAUGACCCCACGCUAGCUCUCUGUGCUCGAGGAGACCUACCUGAUGACAACCCACUAGCCAACGGUUGUUAUGAUACCAAGGCCACCAACUACACCUGGGGAUAUCAGCACAUGCGUAGUGUUGUUCAAGCUGGCCCGACUAUGUACACGUUCACUAGUCGGACUCGCUAA